AUGAUAUUAGCGAAGGAAUGUAAUAUAAAAAAUUUGAAUAUAGUUCUUUAUGCCAGUUCCAGAAUUUAUUGUCGUUUUUACAGUUCUAUACCAUACAUGGAAUUCUUGGCCAGACGUUUCAAGCAAGCAGUUAGAUUGUUAAUACCGUCAAGACAAGGCGUAUACCAUGACUGUUCGUUUUCGAAAAUGAAGCAUGGUGAAUUUGACGGAUAUGUACCGGUUGAACGAAUUGAAAAGCGAUUCAUGCGAAGCAGCGGUCCUGGUGGCCAGAAUAAUUUAUUCUCAGUUAACUCAAAAUGUCAAAUACGAUUCAAUUUAAAUGAAGCAAAUUGGUUAAGUUUGGAAAUUCGUCAAAUAUUUCGGAAGCGUUACCCCCAUUUGCUUAAUAAACUAGAGGACGUUGUAAUUUCGGCAGAUAAAUCAAGGGUUCAGGCCGAAAAUCAAGUAGAGUGCAUUAAAAAAUUGCAAGCCAUGCUUUUUGAAUGCAAUAAAGAAUUUCUGAAAAAUGUGCCACCAACCGAUGAGGAUCAAAAAAUUUUGCAAAAUAGGGCAAAAAAAGCUUCUGAAAGAAGACUGAAAAUCAAACAAAGGCUGUCUGAAAAAAAGAAAAGUCGUUGCUUGUAUGAAAUUUUUUAG